CAUAAAUUCCCAAAGUGAAGACCCUCAGCGAUGAGGCCAUCACGGUGGUUCCCGCCUGCAUGUUUGCUAUACGCUAUGAGAGAACAGCGUAUUUUUACACCAAUGGACACACGGGUUUACAUUGUUUGUGGAUAUGAAUAAUAGACAGGCUGAUGUUUACUUGGUGCCAGUGAAUGUGUGUGUGUGUGUGUGUGUGUGUGUGAGAGAAUGGAAAGACAGAUGUUUACAUUACUGUGUGAGUGAAUGGACAAAUGUGUACAUUAUGAGUAUGCGAAAGGACACGUUUAAUUGUAUGUGAACGUGUUUACUUGAUUCUGUGCGUGUGAACUGAAAGACAUGUUGACGAUGUGCGGGUGAAUGGACAAACGUGUGUAUGCAUGCAAACGGGCGCACCGACAGACAGCAGGAUGUGACAAACGUCAUUUUGUAUAUGAACACGCGCAGUAGUAUAAUGUUGCCCGUGUAAAAGCAGCGAGUAAGUUCAUAUUUAGUAGAAGUGUCGGCGUGACGUGUGCAAGUGAGGGGGCUCUGAGUCCAAGAAAAUAAGCUAGCAACGUUGCCUCAGUCCGCUAGCAAAGCAAAAGUCACGAGAAGAUUUGAGCAGCUGCCGCUCCGCUCUACAGCUGCCAAUCAGAAGGCACCAUUGCAAGUGACAAACGGGGAGGGGUGUUGUGAGGGAAUGCUCGGCGGAGCGCGAAGCGGAACAGCCAGACGGACGAAGGCGGGACAAAGAACGACGCGCACAUUUGCUGCUCCUAAUGCGGCACUUUGGUAACUUUUUGUUAUUUGAUUUGAUUUCUUUAAACAGAGGAAGAUGCGCCACAUUUCUGUGUGUGUUCGCGGCGGCUGGUCCAUGACGGCAUCGUGGACGUAAGGGGCACGUCGAGGAGCGUUCAGGAGCGUGUUAUGAUUGUGGGAAUAUGUCUUCAUGCACUCUGCCUUGGCACCCACCCCUGCUACGACCUCUCCAAGACCUUGUGGAAUAUUUCUGCUUUUUUGGUGAACUUUAGCCUGUAAGACUCAAUCAUGCACUGCUGCUGCUGCUGGAGGAAGACUAAGCGCGCCCCCCAAGUAUGAGAUGCUGCUGCCGGGCCCUGGCACUUCUCCCCUGGGUGCUGGUGGCCUUGGACGCUCAUCUCAUCUGCUGGCAGGCCCUCCUGCGCUGCCACGACGAGCCCGAGUGCGACCUGGCCUACAGCCAGUACUUGGCCGCCUGUGAGGGCAACAUCCGGGGCACCAGGCGCCAGUGCCCCAGCCACUGCAUCAACGCCCUCAUCCGCCUCAACCACACCCGCAGCGGGCCCGACCUGGAGAACUGCGAGUGCGCCCAGGACUCCGAGUGCCUGGGCGCCAAGCGGGCCAUCGAGCCGUGCCUCCCACGCAGGCACCCGACGGACGCCGGCGGCAUCGGCUGCAUGGAGGCCCGCCAGCGUUGCGAGGAGGACAGCCACUGCCACACCUCCCUCGCUGCCUACCUGUCCUACUGCGGGCAGCUGUUCAACGGGCGAAAGUGCUCGUCCAAGUGCAAGGCCACCAUCCAGCAGAUGCUCUACAUCCCCAACGGGGCGCUGCUCAACCGCUGCGUCUGCGACGGCGUGGAGAGACCCUUCUGUGAGGUGGUCAAGGAAAACAUGAGCAAGCUCUGCUUCAUGGGGGACCAUCACGGGGUCAUCUCGGACCAGCCGGAGGUGGACGACAUGUACGAGGACGAGGAUUACGACCCCAGACAGGACAGGGAGGAGGUCUCCAGCGACCAUUCCGCAGCUCCACGGAGGUUGUCUGGCUUUGAGACGCUCCUGGUUGUCUUGCUAGGAUUUACGUGGCUUUGAGACGGAUGGAUUUACCAAUUAUGAGCAUCUGGACCUGAGCCUCAACAUCUGCUGGAUAAGGGAAGCUGGUCAAUCGUCGGUAGGAACUUCCCACAAAAGAUGAACAGAAGGCCACUUGACGAGCCUUUGAAAGUUGUGCAUCGGCGUUGAGCGUGUGCCGUGCAAUUCUCUGCCCAAGUGCUAGGGGGCAGUGUUUUCUGGCGAGUCACGUCGGUGAGAAACCGUGACUCUGGUCAACUAUUUUGCAUGUUAGCUUCCUCAGUCGCUAAUGAACGAUGGCAACCAAAGUGACCUGGAACGUGGCACUGGGACUAAUCGAUGUGUUACAACACUUUUAUUGCAAAUGUUGAUCCAAAAUCGGCGGAGAAGGGCUUGAGCCGGCAGCAGGUGGGGCGGAGUGACGUGGACAGAAAAGGAACGGGACAAUGUGCUUUUUGGCACCAGGUGGGUUUUAAUUUGGUGGAAACGGGCCCAAGCAUAUGACGUAGGAAGGCUGCAGAAGCGAAACCGUGGAGUCUAGACAUGCGUUGAAUUUGCUUAGACAGAACCGAUGUUGAACUAGAACACAAGAGGUAAACUGGAGGUGCUAUCGUCUCUCCAUACCGUCAACCGGUUCCUGUUUCGCUGCAGGGGUCGGACACAUGUUGGAAUGCACCCCCUUGGUGUCCCUGCCAGCUGAUGGUCAAUAGAUUCGAGGAUUCCAUAGACAGUUCUUCCACGACUAAGCCUUCAACUGCAAUAAAACUGCUCAACACCAUUACGGAUUACCAUAGACCUUUUGGAUUGACCGUUACCUGGAUGACAUGACAACCUAAUCCGACACCACUUUGGACUGCAGCGUCCCCUUUGAAGGCUCUCUACAUUUAAGACUCCUUUUCCGGGUGCUUCUGGGCAUGGUGGCCUCGUGUGCGGCUGCCAUUUGUUUGCUUUGGUGUUGAAAGUACUUGGAGUGUAGCUUUAUUAAGACCUUAGGCAAACAUGGCGCCUCCGCCGUCCAGUCUGCUCUAUACGUUUUUUUGGAAAGGGGGGAGGUGACGGGGGUUUGCGGCUCUGUUGCCGUAACCACACUUCAAAUAUUUGUCAUAGGACAGUAGUCAAAUACUCAAAUGAACUGAAGCGCCCCAACACAACUGGGUCCCCCUCCCUGUGCCACCACAUGUGAGAUAGUUUUAUGGACCUUUUCCUCUCAGAACCCCCCCGUUCCUUUUCCUUCCCUUGACUUUACGCCUCUAAACCCCCCCCCGGCCUGCCUUUUAUUACUGCGUUCACACUCUACUCUACUUCUCCUCCACUUUCUUAUCCCCAAAUUCUGCCUUUACAAAGACUUUUGUACACAAAACAGAGGAGCAAAAGAUGAGAAACAGCUCUCGAUGUUUACACAAAAUUUACACAAAAAAUGCACACAUAGUCAAAAAAGUUUUGUGUGUUCCACAUGUUUUUUGUUUCCCCAAAGGUCCCGACUAUACCAUGAACCAAUUUAAAGGUUCCAGAGGUCCCACAGUCGUGUAUUGGAAGGAGGACACAAACGUUAGCAAGACUAGCGUAGCUAUGUCAAGCGCUAACAUGACACUCGCAUUUCAACAGCAGCGUCAUGCUAGGCUAGGCCUAUUUGCUGGAGAAAAACACAUUGGUCCAGCUCAGCUCCCAAGUUUGACGGAUAGUUGGCAGAGCUUUAUUUGAAGAUAUGGGCUCAUGUAGCUCGGCCAGGUCAGAGGCGGUAUCAUGCGCAAGUUUUUCCCUUCAUGACGACGUGAAAAGUUGCGUUUCAGCGCCUCUUCUCUCAAAAGCGGAGGGAGGUUUUUCCUCACGUUUUGGUGCUCGCAGGCAGGCUCCAGGCACACAGAAAACAAUACUGCUGCAACGCCGUGAAAAGAGUGACUUUUGCAUAAUAGGGGACCUUGAAAGAAUGGUUUUCUGACAAGCGUCUUCCAGAUAGUCAGGACUUUUAACAGAAAAUGAAUCAAAUGUGUGCAAAAAUAUUAUGUGGACACUAGCGUAAAUUCCGGUGAAUGAGGCGCUACUUUUUUUGAAACUUUGAACCCUACGGUUCGCACAGCGGUGUGGCUAAUUUACAGCCAAAUUCUAAUCUCGUGACAUCUCCUUUACUUCAGAACUACUCUAAUCCUUUCAAUACUGUGCCACUCGCGAGUCAGUGAGGAAGCGGUAGGUCUUUCUUUGGCAGGAGCCAAUCACGAGCAAUCAGUGCACUCACAGCGAGCUUGUCAACCCACUGAAAAUCGCAGGAAGUCAGUAUUUAUAACAGUAUAACAAUAUAAUACUCAAACACUCAAAAGGUAUACCUGAUAAAUAUACAAAAUUGUAUAAAUACAAGUUUAAAAUGGGAAAAACUAUUUUAAAGUUUUCUCAUAAGGCAUAAGGCGUCUGAGCAGUGCGUUCAUUGGGGCGCUGCAAUGACGUCAGCCUCCCUCUAGUGGACAGAGACAGCACUGCGUCGGUACACGUUUGUAUAUUUACCAGGUUGAGUGUCAAGUUGCUGUGUGAUGAGUUUUGGUGUCAUUUGUAAGGUGACACCGUGAGUCAGACUGUUACUGUCUGACCUCCUGCAAUUCCCAACAGGUUGACAGGCGCGUUGUGAGUGCAGUGAUAGCUCGUGAUUGGCUACACGCCACUGUAUACAGUAUUUAGUCAAAGGUUUGGACACACUGUCUUAUUGGACAGCAUGGAAAAGUGGGUCCAUACCUUCAGCUGGUACUCAAGCUCCAGUGUGAAUCACAAACAUAAGCAGAAAAGUGCAACAUUACGCCUGCAUUUCCCCAUCCAUGCACGUGCACGUGCACAGUGUUCAUGAAAUAUGUGAAUGGGUUUGUUUGAAAUGCAUUAGUUUAUAUAAGAAAGAGUAUAAACUCUAACGAUGCGAGUCUAAAUCGGGUCACUUCUGAUAAGGUUAUUUAAGUCAAAUCGUCUUAAAAAUCAGGGGGAGGGGUGCAAAAUCAUUGAUAACAAAAGGCCUGACACCGCACAGCCUCGCAGUGUGACAGCGUUUGCAUGUUUUUAACACGUGAUGACAUUUCAAAGAAAUAUGAGGUGCUCCAUCUUUAACAACUAUCAUUUGUACAAGGCUCUGUCAACGUGGCUUUUAUUUUGUACUGUUUCAAUGUUAAAUUAUGAAGCCAGAAGAAUGAAGCGGAAUGUAUGUGUUUUACAGUAUUAUACAAUUCUAUGAAGGUAAUACGCCUGAACACAAAUGCAGCCGCGUGAUUGAAAUUGUCCGAUGCUCAUCUGUCUCUCUCCAGUGUGUUUGUACAAUAAAAAUGU